UAUUUGUUUUUUUUUUCUUGAUAAAUUACAUAAAUGGGAAGAUAUGGUCAAUUUACCUGAUUCAAUUCGAUCAGAAAUCGAUCAAGUGUUGAACAUCUUUUUAAUAUAUCAUCAAUUAUAUUUGAAAAAUAUACAAAAAUAUUUAUUGAAAUAUUUGGUGGAAAUCAAUAUAAAAGAACAUCAAACCAAAUAAAUCCUAAAUUAAAUACAAAAAAUAAAUUAAAUAAAUGUUCACAUCAAGAUUUAUAUUCACUUAUAUGGACAAUAUAUGCAUUAGCUAAAACAAUUUAUCCAUCAACCAGCAAUGAUCUGAUUGCUUCAUUUCAUUUACUUAUUUCUAGUUUUUUUCUUUUAUUUAUGAUUAUGUCAAAUUAGCCAAAUUAGAUUAUAUACUUAAAGGUAACAUUCUAUUAGAAGAUUUUAUUUAUAUAUAUCAUUUUUUAUUUUAGUUUUUUACAAUUAAAAAUUUUCUUUUUCACUUCUUAUCAAAUGAAGAUUUCUUAAGGGAUUUUUUUUUGUUUAUUUUAUUUAAAAGUCUUUAAGAUAAGAUCUGAAACAAAUUCAAUUUUCGAUUGUUCGAUUAUAGAAUUAAAUUAAAUUAAAUAUUUUAUUUCGAGAUUUAUCAAUAUAUAUGAUUAAAUAAAAAUCAUUUCAAAUAUUUUUUUAUCGAAUAUAUAUGUAUAGAUCGAUAACUUAGAAAGAAAACCUAUUUUCUUGUCAAUAUGAUUAUUAAUCGAUAAAAACGUAAAUAAUCGAAUAUGAUUAACGAUUAUUUCAAAUCAUGUUUAAAAAUUUAAUCGUUUAAACGAUAUUAUAGUUAUAACUGUGAACAAUCGAUUACUAAUCAUUUAUAAAUAAUAUAAUUAUAAAUAAGAUUUACAAAUAAUGAUUAUAUUCAUAUAUAAAUAUAUAUUCUUAAUAUACGAUAGAAAUAUAAAUAUCUAUUAAAUCUUCUGAGAAUUUUCAUCAAUUAUAUUCAUAUUAGACAUAAUAUUUCAUCAUAUUAAACGAGUUAUUCAAUCUAUUCUACUUGUUUUUUCUUAAUUAAACUAUGGAAAAUGUUUCGUUGAAAAGAUGAUAGAUUAACUGUAGAGUUUCAUAAAUCGAAUAUCUAUUGUUCGAGUUGUUUAUUAUGUUAGAAAUCGAUAUUUGUUGUCAACAAAAUCAAACUAAUUUGAAUUAUUUAUUCAAAACGAAUAAAUAAAUAAUAAUCGAAAUAAUUUAAUUAAACUAAAUCUAAUAAAUUGAAUAAAAAGAUAUAAAAAAACAAAAAAGAAAAGUGUUGUUUUUUGUUGUUAAAGUUGUUGUUUAAAUGAUUUAUGUUCAAAUGAUGGAAACAUAAUCGAUAAAUUGUGUAUGAUGUAUUGUUGUUCAUCGAAUAUGUGUCGAUUAAUAAUCGAACAACAUUUAAAAAAUGAUUUAUAUAAACGUCUUGAUAAAAAAAAAGAAGAUUUUUAAAAUGAAUUUAAUUAUUUAGAAACAAUUCGUGAUAUAAAUCGUCAAUAUGAUGAAAUUGUUUUAACAAAUUGUAUAAUUGAUGAAAGAAUUUUUUUAGAAAAUAAAUUUCAAUUAAAUGACUUAUGGAACAAUGCAAGUGCUGCUGCCCGCAAUAUAUGUGCUGCACUUGGUGAAGGUGCUGCUGCUGAUCGAACGUGUCGAUAUUGGUUUAACAGAUUUCGUGAAGAUGAUCUUGUUGAACGUUUAAAUGAAUGUGAAUAUUCAUUUAAUAGUCAAUAUGAUUUAAUAGAAAAUGUUAAUAAAAUAAAUCGAAAAGAAAAUCCAUCUCGAUCAUGUAAAUCACGUUUGGAUUUAUCAUUAAAAUUAUUUUAUUAUUCUAUUGAAAAUAUCUUAACUAUUGGAAAAAAAACAGAUUAA